CUAAUCUCCCAUCGACAUCAAUUCGCAAAACGAACACGCCUGGCGUUGGGGAUAUUAUGUCCUCUUUGCCAUUAGUCUCUUAUUUCUACUUCUAAAAGAUAAUCAUGGCUUCAGAAAACAGCCCGAGAUUUCUGAAUUAUCCAGAAGCUAAACAAGGGCCCAAGGUUCCGUACAAAAAUGAUAGAAAACAAAACCCUACUAUGAGGGGUUUGGUAGUGACCAUUGGGGCUUUUUUGUUCAAAAGGCUACGCUUCCUUCGAAGGUUUAUAUGGUUUAACGCUGGAUUCGGAGACUUGCGUCGUAUCAGAGAACACCUGGAGGACUAUGAGCCUAGAUUUGAUCCCACUGUUAUCCCUGUACUGGAUCCCAUCAGCGCAGAGAGGGAAGAUGACCUCUUGCUUCACACCGAUAAAAACCCUGUAUCACAAAAGGAGCAUAUAAGAUACUACUCGGUUAACGACUACCAUAAUAUGUAUAUGUCAGGUGAAUUAACGCCAACAGCGGUUGUGAAGGCCAUACUUCCCCUAAUUCGGCGCGAUAUUAUACCGCAAGGCGAGCAUUCGUUAGCUUGGUUCGACACCAAGGUUGAUCUAGUUCUGGCUGCAGCGGAAGCAUCGACAUUGCGAUACAAGAGAAAGCGCCCGCUCGGCCUAUUAGACGGCGUCCCCACGGCUGUCAAAGAUGAAUACGACAUUGAUGGUUACAGAACGUGCUUGGGAUCCGUGAACGACUAUACUGGUGAGGCAGAGCCGGAGAAAUCAAUCACCAGUUGGUGUGUAAGGCAGCUGGAAGAGGCUGGAGCUGUUGUUCUUGGAAAGCUCUCCAUGCCCGAAUUCGGCCUUGACACAUCUGGGAACAAUCCCAUCUAUGGUACGCCGUGUAAUCCUUACUGCAGUCGGUACUACACUGGAGGAAGCUCCUCAGGCUCAGCCUAUGCUGUUAGCACUGGCCUGAUUCCCAUGGCCUUAGGGAGCGACGGCGGCGGGAGUAUCCGCAUACCCUCCGCUUUUUGCUCUGUAUAUGGGUUGAAGCCCACACAUAGCAGGCUCUCGCACCGUCCAGGGUGCAACCAUUCCAAUACUUGCGCCGUAAACGGUCCAAUUGCUGCUGACAUACGCUCUCUUGCUCUUCUCUACCAUGUGAUCGGCACGCCUCACCCUUCAUCCCACUUUCCGUCUCUCUCGCCUCCCCUAUCGCCUCCGCUUCGGCCCAGGAAUAAGAUCCUAGGCAUUCCCGAAACGUGGUUCUCGCGAUCAACCCCGGCGAUUCAGCGCCUCUGCCGCUCGCUGUUGGAUAAACUUGUUUCCGCCCAUAAUUAUACCCUCAUGCCCAUAGAAAUCCCCUUCCUGGUAGAGGGUCAAACUGCACACGCGAUGACUGUUCUAACUGACGCUGCCACGCUCCUUCCAAACACGGACAAUUUCACUGCGGCAAACCAAAUAAUGAUCGGUCUCGGUACCAUCACUCCAGCCACUGACUUUCUGCUAGCCCAAAAACUACGCCAACUCUUAAUGCAGCAUCUCGCCCAUCUGUGGAAGGAAUACCCUGGAAUGAUCAUUGUUACACCUACAACCAGUUGUGCAGGGUGGCCCAUCCGUUCUAAAUCGGAGUUGCAGUAUGGACUUAACGAUGGUAACCAUAUCUUAAAGACGAUGGAAUAUGUAUGGAUGGCGAAUUUCACAGGUGCUCCUGCCCUGAGCGUUCCGGUAGGGUAUAUCGUGCCUGAAGGCUCGGAGGGUGCAGGGGAAGAGGCGGACCGAGAUGUCGCCGGUAAAGUCCCUGUUGGUCUGAUGGGAAUGGGUGAAUGGGCCAGUGAGGAUAACUUACUGCAAUGGGGAUUAGAAGCCGAAGACGUCGGAAAAGACAGGCUCUCAAGGCCACCAAUUUGGGUGGAUGUCGUUGAAAGGGCAAAAAAGGAAAUGAAAAAUUCUCGCCAUAUCAAUGUGGCUACAAAGUCGAGCCAGAGUUGAACGUGACGGUGCUAUCGUGGAUCGGGAUAUGGAGAACUCCGAACAUUGCAUCAAAUGCUUUCUUUUCUGCUCAAUUGACCAAUGUAAUACUAGUCUUCACUCUCUAACAAAGGUAAGACGGGACCUAUGUAUAUGCCUAAUAUACAUCCAUUGGUCACCAGGUAUUGAGAGCCAGGUUUGGUUACUUUUUCUCAUUUUACGAA